AUGUCAGUUGUUGAAAGAGAUGUCCAAGUAGAUUUGUAUGGAAAUAGUAUUCUGGUCUCAGACAAUUUGGGAUCUGAGUUCAAAAUAGGAGAGUAAGUUCUUCCGUAGCAGUCUGAUAUUCCCUCUCCGCAUACCCACAUACUCCUAUGGUCUCUAUGAAUGGAAGAAAAAACAAUUACAGCUGAAAAAGUUAUCCAGUGAAUAUAACAUUGGAUUAACUAAUUGACACCCUGCAGGCACAAACAUUCCAAAACAGAGGCAGAGGAUACAUGCAUACAUUUUUCUUUGUUGUUUUGAUUAAGGUAUAUUUUUUUCCUUAUUACUAUUAAAACAAGAGAUUCGUGUGCUUAUCUACAAAAACUGCCUUAAUGUGUACAGCUUUUUAGAGGGACAGACAGAAGGUUUCCACUGAAAUACUUCAGGAGCUGGAAGUAUAAUAAAUGUUAACAAAAAGAAGAUAAACAAAAUUUCAUGCGUAUCAGUGAAACAAGCGUGGGAACUGCAAUCUACUUGCAGAAAAUAUAAGAUAUAAACUGUAAUGAGCUCAUUACAUUUCCCCCAUCUCUCCAUUGCCUUACAGUUUAGAACCAAUAAUAGUUUAAAUCACCAAUGUACCUAUUCUGCCUCAAGAUCAGAUUUUCCAGUCCUAUCAAGGAAAUUUAGAUUGGCUAAAUCCCCUGAAAGCAGUGAAUUAGCAUUACUUUUAUAUGAUAGGUGAGGACCACAUAAAUGAAGUCACUCCUUCUGCCAAAAUUUGCUCUUUUAUUGUUAACCCAUGAAACUAGUUAUGUGUGCAAAGGGGACAGUGAGGCUUCAACAAAAUCAUUGACUAUGAAUCACUUAUUACUCUGGUUGAUAUUACUGGAAUGUGUUAUAUGUUGGGCUGCCAUUGAAGAUGCUCCAGUACAAAUUACAGUUUCUAGACCAAUGCUUGGACCCAGUUUUUUUGAAUAAGUGCCCUACAAGGAUUUUGAAUUGUGCAAUGGAAUGGUCCCCGAUCUCCCCCCUGCAUCCUUUAAAUCUGUUCCAGGGGUUCCCCCAAACCUCUGGAGCAGAUUUGGGGAGGGUGUAAAGUGAGCACAGCGAGAGGAGAGGGAGGAGUUCCAAUGGGGAAGUGGACAUAUUUGGAGCUAGUUGGAUAUUGUCCAUGACAUACAGACAGGGAGGUUUAACUCUUUCCCAGUCCCUGCCUGCAACCUGCUCUUUGCCCUGGGAAGGAAGCUGCUACUGAUGGCACUUUAGUGUGCUCAUUAGCUCACACGUGCAUAAAUCAUACAGAAUAGGAAUCUUAAUCAGAGCUGAAAUCUUUUGUUGUUGUUGUUGUUUAGUCGUUUAGUCAUGUCCGACUCUUCAUGACCCCAUGGACCAGAGCACGCCAGCCACUCCUGUCUUUCACUGCCUCCUGCAGUUUGGUCAAACUCAUGCUGGUAGCUUUGAGAACACUAUCCAACCAUCUCGUCCUCUGUCGUCCCCUUCUCCUUGUGCCCUCUAUCCUUCCCAACAUCAGGUUCUUUUCCAGGGAGUCUUCUCUUUUCAUGAGGUGGCCAAAGUAUUGGAGUCUCAGCUUCAGGAUCUGUCCUUCCAGUGAGCACUCAGGGCUGAUUUCCUUAAGAAUGGAUGCGUUUGAUCUUCUUGCAGUCCAUGGGACUCUCAAGAGUCUCCUCCAGCACCAUAAUUCAAAAGCAUCAAUUCUUCGGCGAUCAGCCUUCUUUAUGGUCCAGCUCUCAUGGAAGUGAGAGCUGAAAUCUUGGAUUAUAUUAAUAACAUUAUUUAAUAUUCCCCUUCAACAGAACAGUAGUAUUCUCAUUUCACUCUAAGAUGCUCAGAACUAUGCUGUGUUGCUUUCCUUUUCUUUUACUUUUAAAAAUCAACUUAGUCAGAAAGGAACCACUGGUCCUGCUUUGCACAGUAAGCAGUCACAAAGAAAUGGCCUUGAAACGCAUCCAAAACCUGAAGGCAUACAAUUUAUUGUUCCUGCUGGAACCAAGAAUAAGUUGACUUUGUGUCCUCAUUUAUAAACUAUGCCUGUCAAUAAACAACACUGUACCUGUGAUAAAACUAUUACAAGCUCGGCGAGGCUGGCCAACUGUUCUCAACCAAACACAAAAGUUCAAUAAAUAUGCUUAACUAGACAUCUGCCUAUCGCCUUGGAGGGAAGAAAGGGGUCAGCACCAAGCAGCUCGGUUAGAGUGGAUGGCUUGGAUCUCUGCCCUUUCCGCAAGAAGAAACACUGCAAUAUAGUGGUCUUCCAGGACAAACCUUCCUCCAAGUAAGAAGAACCCUGCUGGAUCAAACGAAGGGUUUGCCAGAGGCAGGGAAGCUUUUUCAGCCUAAGGAAUACAUUCGCACAUCACCAGCCAUGGGGGGGGGGGCAAAUGGCAGCAUAGACAAUGCUGAACUAGACGGUCAGAUUCAGUAUAAGGCAUCAACCUAUGUCCCUGUAACAUCUGUAUUUCAGAAACGCAGAAGAAUAACAAGGCAGUUUUAACAAGACACAUGACAAAUGGAAUAAAGUUAAAACCAUUAUUUUAAAAAAACAACUUAGAUUAAAAUACUUGACAAUCAGGUCUCUAGAGUAUCUCUGAAAGUUGAAUAAGAUAUGGGACAGAAAGUCCCCAAUAAUAUCAGGUGCAUAAAGAAUUCAUAAGAAAAUGUAAAACAAUUAUCCUGUUUGUGCUUUACAAAAAUCAUAACUGAAAGAAAACGGAAGAAAAAGUAGAGAUGAAUGAACUCUGGACAAUAGAAGCAGAAUGCCUGUCACCAAAGGCACAAAGCACAUAAAUGAAACCUGCUCUAUAAAAUACAACAAGUAGAUACCCCCAAGCUAAUAACAAGGGGGGAAGAAAAACCAUGUAAUAGGACAGUUAGCAAAUCAGUUCUCAAAUUUCACUGCAUAUGAGGAAAUGUAAAUGUAAAUAUAAUAUAUGGAAAAAGGAACCACCAUUUGAGAACAAGAAAUAAAAAGAGAAAAUACUCACAUCGCUCACAAGGAUCUUCAUAUGUCUUAUUCUGAUAUACCGGUUAAACAACACAUUAUGAUUAUGAUUAUGACUGGUUAAUUAAAAUUGUAUAUUGCACUUCAUCUGCAGAUCUAAGGGCAGUUUACAGCAUAAAUAUAAAAGUCAAAAACACAAAAUGCAUAAUAAGAAUAAGAACAAGAACAAGCCAAAACAAUAGCCCCCUCCCUUCCAACUCUACAAUUCUAUGAUUCCUGUGUACAUCGAAAUAUUAGGUGGGAACUUCCGUUUCUCCCAGAUGAAACUGAAUGUAAGAGCAGGACCCUAGAUUUCAGUCAUGCUCUGUCCACCAAAUAACCACCUAAUGCUUCCACUGUAAAUAUCAGUGCUGUUAGCGUAAGCCUUACACAGGAAAGGCAAAAUAGAAUGGUUCUGGCUGGAAAAUGUGGCUUAUCAUUGGAGAUGACUGAGGUAACUAUACAUGGCCUGAGCUGCCAUUACUCCAAGUGAUAUAUCAUAUAGAAGAGAUGUGUUGAAUUUAAAACAUGAUUUUCAAGUCUUGAAAGACACCUUCUGAAAUCAGUCAAAACUGAGGAUCAAGGCAGGAAGAAUUAACGGUAUAUGCUUCUGGUGUUUUGCAAUGCGUUUCUAGGGGAAGGAUUCAACUGGGAAAGGAAGAACGGGAUCUGUGUUUGCAUUCUUACGAUAUGCAGCAAGGCCCAGAGGUUUUAGAGGAAACACAUUUCUAUUUCUCAGACAAUAGUAGAAGGCAUUUUAUUAUUCUCCCACAUUAGUCUUCCAGCAACCAAACAGUUCUGUGAAUACAUUUGCCACAUAGUGAACACACUGGGACACAUCAUCAACAUUUAAUAGCCUAAGUGGGCCACAUCAAUAUUUGUGCAUGCUCCUUCACUUAAGCAUUCAUAUAGAGCAGGGUUGGGGGAUCUGUGGACCUCCGUCAGCCCCAAGCACCAUGACCAAUGAUCAAGGGUGAUGGGAGUUGUAGCCCUGAAGGUACAGGUUUGCCCACCCUGAUGUAGGGCCUUUGAAUGACAUGAAAUUCUAUCACUCGGUUUUUAGAGUGAAUUCAUCUACCCUGCAGGAUUUUUAAUAUGACGUUAAAGUGGGUUCUUUUUAAGUAAAUACUGUUUCGGGGUACAACAGAGAAGCACACAUUCUUCAGAUGUAAUGGAAUCAUGGUGCCACAGAGCAGCAUGCAUGCCAUUUAUUCUCUUUAAAACAACCUCAUUACUACAAGGGUGGCGCAGCUUGGAAGAGUCAGAUCUCUACAGCUGCACAGAGAAGCCAUGCAUGAGCUAAAGAUAAUGGUAGGGUUUGGUGCAAAGCAAGGAGACUUCAGUGCUCUUCUCAUUCUAACCUAUUUGUCUAUCAUCUAAUGCAGAUGAACAACAGAUAACAUUUAACUGUUUCUUCACUGCCUGAAAUCUAAGCACUUUCUGCUUUUAAAAAAGCAUACUUCUCUUUAAAACUAGUUUUUCUGGUUUUAAAAGCAACAAAUCUAUAGCAAAAAAACCAAAACCCCACUCCUAUAUUGUUCAUUCCACAUAUAUACUUCACUUUUAUCUGUUUGAGAUACUUUUAUGCACUGACUGUCUGUCCCAUACUCCAAAGCCACCAUGUUUGGAUCUAUCACAUAAUUAUAUUGGGAUUUUAAAGCUAGGAAAGAAAAAUAUUAUUUUAGAAGCGGGAGGGGGUGGAAUCACAUAGUUCAGGUUAUACAAAGAUGUAAACAUUCAAUUAAUCAGGCUUCAAAUUGAAAAUGACUUCUAUAAAGAAAAGAUGCUGACAGAGGCUGCAUACAUGCCAUGCUACAAUAGCCUCUCUUACCCCGCCCAAAAAACUCUGGAGACUAUAGUUUGUUGAGGGUGCAGGGAAUUGUAGUUCCAUGAGGGUAAGCUACAGUUCCUUUUUUUUUAUAGAAGAAGAGUUUGAAGUUGAUAUCCUGCCUUUCACUCCCCUUAAGGAGUCUCAAAGCAGCUAACAUUCUCCUUUCCCUUCCUCCCCCACAACAAACACUCUGUGAGGUGAGUGAGGCUGAGAGACUUCAGAGAAGUGUGACUAGCCCAGGGUCACCCAGCAGCUGCAUGUGGAGGAGCGGGGAAGUGAACCAGGUUCACCAGAUUACAAGUCCACUGCUCUUAACCACUACACCACACUGGCUCCCGUAAACUACAGUUUCUAAGAUUCUUUGGCAGAAGCCAUGCAGUUCAAAUGUAUGGUGUGUAUGCAAGCCAGAGUCACUGUAAUCUCUAAUGACCAGGAUUCUAACCACACAUUUAACUGAAAGGACCUUCAAAAUAUCUGCACUUAAAAGGGUGUGAAGGCUUAAAAGGUUUAGCUAUAAAUAAGCAAAAAAGAAAAGGCCUUUUAUUUGGUUAGUGUUCUCAGCUAGCCUCUUUUUUUCAAACAGAACCUGAAGGGGCUGAGUUUCCUUUUGUUCCUCUUUGCCAUUCAGGAAUUGUAGUCCAGGGGUCAGCAACCUUUUUCAGCCAUGGGCUGGUCCACCGUCCCUCAGACCCAGGGCCAGAUUUAGAUGAAGAGAAGCCCUAGGCUACUCCACUUGUGAGACCCCUCCCCAUCCCCCACCCUCAUAACUAGAAGAAAAUGGAAGAGUGUUAUAAACGAAAUUGAGUGAAGCCAAGGAUGAUGACGGGUAUUUAAAAGUCUGCAAUUCACAAAUUCUCCUCUAUUAUUAUUGUUAAAUACUGUGGUGAUUUUUAAAAAUGCAUAAAAUUAAUACUAAAAAACUUUUGCAAUAACUGAACUUUGUAAACCUUUGCAGGCCUGGGCAGGGAUUGAUCUGAUCCUCACCUGAAUCUCAUAGCUGUCCUGAUGAGUGCUUUGGUCUGCCCACCAGAUACCAGGCACUCUAGUAUUCAAAUUAGACCCCAGUGUUUUUGUUACAAUCCCCUUCUCAAUUAAGUAAUCAAUUUUAAUCUAGAAUUUAAAUUCUCAAAACUUUCUUAUUUGUUAAUUUGAGCAAGUAAACUAUUGCUCUCACUUCAUUACAAACAGUAUUUCUACCUGCAAAACACUUGAGCAAACGUGCUCCUCUUCCUUUCACAGAUAUUUUGUUGGCAUUUGUAACUGUAGCUGCGUCUGAUUAGUUAUCAUUUAACUCUUGGGGGGAAUACUGUAAUUAGCAUCACAUGUCAUGUGCAUGGAAGUUGCCAAACCAAUUAACCAACUAGAAGGAUUGCUGUUAAUAGCACCAGUUCUACUAUAACUUGAUAUUGCUGGAUAGUUCUGAUGAACUGCAAAAGCAUUUUUAGUUUGCUUUCUGUUGCCACCCUGGAACUUUUCUUUAUUAGUGCCACUUUGUUUUGUACGAUUCCUUGCAAAUGAAGGAAAACAACUUUUCUGCUUGUAUAUGUUGAUAAUAUAAUUUUGGUUACUGAGGACAAACAAGAUUGUACAAAAACAAGAUUGGGUGCAGGCCUGGCCAGGACAUAGGCAUCCUGACUGUGACAAAGGUGACCUAUGUGCUUGUUUGCUUGAUUAACAGCUGUUGGGAACUUCAAGGUCCCUGUUCUCCCUUCUUAUGGUCUUUGUACUGGACCUGGAGACUCCAAUAGAGAGCAUUCCAUGUCAAAAAGGAGGGCAAGUGGGCACCCUAUCAAAUGACAGGGCAGGAGCUACAAGGAGCAAGGCCUUUUCACUGGUGGUGCCCAUUGUAUGCCUCACUCUUCCCAGACCUGCUCUCUUUUGGCCUGUAUUUUGGAGCUUUAUAAUUUAGGAAGACUUUGGAAGAACUGGUUGACAAGUCUUAUCAGUCGCUGACGUAUGAGCAGAUUUUAUUUGCUGCUGUUCUGGGCUUCUGGUGCACCAGGUUUACACCAGUGUAAUAGUGUUGACCAGGAUGCCAGAAGGACACAAUUUAUGAGCUUUCUCCAUUAUCUGCACAGCAGGGGGUGUUAAGUUAACAGUGCAAAGGCUGAGCUGAAGCAUUCCCUGCUGGUUACCUGCUUUCAGCAAUAGGGGUUGCUGUUUGGUAGUACCCAAUUGGUUAGCUGUCAGAUUCUAGAGCUCCCUAUUGGUGGCUCUUAGGUAAUUCACAAAACACAGAGUCCAUUCAUAAAACACAGUGUUCAUUCAUAAAGCAGUAGCAUAAAUCUCCAUUGCUACAUAUUGGGUGUAUAUUUCAGCGGUUGAACGUACAGGUUUAUGGCCAUGCUGUAGUGUAGUGCUUAUGCGACUGUGAAUAAAAGGUGGCUGGACUCAUUGUUUCGGGGUUUGUGGGGGGGAGAGGUGCCAAAACUGAUUUCCAAUAAGUGCCCCCCCCCUUUAUUUCCAUAACAACUCUUUGAGUCUGUACUCUGAAUGGUGACACCAGGGACCUAGAAGGUGCAGGGCUUGUCAGUCCAACCCCUGCAGUCUCAUCAGGGCUGACCUUAAGGCAUUUGGAGCAAUUGGGCCAAAUUGGGUCUCGCGGGCUGCUCCUAAGGGUCCCCCUGCACAAGGGCAAUCUAGAUGGAUUUUAUUUGUAUCUAUAAGAUUUUGCAGACAUUGGCUGUGAACUGGAGCCUUAAAAAAAAAAUCCAAGUUGCGCCCCACUGCUUCAAAUUGGGCCCCACUGGCUAGCCCUGAGUCUCAUAGUUGCUGAGCCUGAGAAGCCCUGCACUUGCAUGAAGUCUUGGGUUUACAAUUUUUGGGAGAGGGGAGACUGCAGCACUGGGGAGCGGGCAGGAUGGUGAGGCCCCCUAGAUUUAGAGACUCUUGGCUUCAGCCUACUUAGCCUAUAUUUAAAUCCAGCACUGCUCAGACCAUGUGGUGGGCUGGACGAUAUUUUUUUUGAGGGGGCAAUGAACAAAUUCCUAUGUCCCACAAAUAACCCAGAGAUGCAUUUUAAAUAAAAGCACACAUUCUACUCGUGUAAAAAUGUGCAGAUUCCCGGACCGUCCACAAGCCAGAUCGAGAAGGCGAUUGGACCGCAUCCAGCCCCCAGGCCUUAGGUUGCCUGCUGUAGUCUGUCUUUAGCAUUACAGACAGAUUUACUACCAUCAAAGGAGACAUAAGGGUAUAUGGGGCACAAGAGUUCUCAGGCUCCAGGAGCCCCACCAAACCCAUCAAUCUUUUUUCAAUUAUCACAUGCAAUAAUCUUGUCGUGCACAACAGUUAUACAGUAAUUUCAGUUUGUUUUCAUUCAUUUUUCUCUGGCAGAAACAUGCCUAGUUUGAGGGUUAAUGCACCCUUCUAUCUAAUAGGAUUAUUUGAUAACCAUUCCAAUAGACCGUGUGUGUGUGUGUGUGUGUGUGUGUGUGUGUGUGUGUAAGGGCAAAGGAAAAAGGGGGGGGAUACAAGAGGUGUUCUCAAAUGAAAUGCUUCACAAAUAUAUUAGUAUACCUGAGACCUAUAAACACCUCCAGAGAUCCCUUAGCACUACAGUACAGGUUAUCUUCCACUAGAAAGGCUUAAUAGCAAGUUCACUGUCAAUAUUUACUUACUAUUGUUCCCCAAAAAGAUUGUUCCCCUAGGAGUAUUUGCAAGUGUGCAUUCAACAGAAGUGCCUAGUGGUUUAUUUCACCAGGGGAUUGUUUCUGCAAAUAAAUAUUUGCUUAGUUUAGGCAGACACCCCAAAUAUAAGCAGCCAUGCAAAAAGGUGUUAUUUUCUUGGUGUAACUACCACUUAAAGAUAAAAUGCCUCUGGAGAGGCCUCAAUUAUGUUUUCUCCUUGUAAAGGUAACCUUCUAAUUAACUAGAUGUCCUAUAAAGGAUGGUGCAGGGUGCUAUCAGGCUGUGUUGCGCAUCAAUAACAUGCCCAUUUCAAUUGAAAACAUCUGUUAUUCUAAAAAAGCAAAGGGGGGGGGGGACACCACUACUAUGGUUGCCGGAAUGAUAAGUGCUUGCCUUUAGCCAAUAUCCCUAAAAAUAACAAAAGUGUAACAAUCACAUAGCGGUGGAAACAAAAAGAAACAAAGCAACAGGGGCUGCCUUACUUCAUUUCCUUUCCAGAUGCCCAGUGAAUAAAGCUAUACAAAAAGACUUCCUAUGUGUGAUGUUCUAAUCUAACAAUGGCAGAUACCGGUGAGAAAAUGUUAAGCCAUUCUAUGAAAGGUUGGAAUAUAUAUUCAGCUGUAAACAACUGUUCCAUUUGUAGCUCGAUGUGCUUGGCAUAACAGCCUAAGCAAAACUCCACGAAAGCCUGUUAUGAAUCGUCCUUCAGACUCGGGAGAAGAAUUGUGUUGUUACCACUGAGAAAAGAAUGAAAAUCAAACCACGAUCAGCAAAUUUCACCAUUUUACGUUUCUUCUCAAAGGCCCUAUAAAUGUUACCUUAGUCAUGUGUGAGCUGCUUUUCUAUGAGUGUUUCCUAGAUGGCUGGGAUAGUGUUUAAAAAAAACUAUUGGAUUGGGCUGAUCAGUUAGAUCCAGAUCAUGAACUGAGGCCUCCACCAAAGGGGUUUCCAACUCCAUGGGAGCAGCCAAAAUGAAGUAGUUCAAUCAUGGCUGGAUACUCUCAGUGUCAGGGUAAUGGAAAGCAGAUGAAUUAUCCAACGGAACAAGUUGGAAGGAAGCUGACGUUAUUAGAGGGCCAUUAGAAAAAGCAGAUGCAUUCUAACAAUGACAAAUCUGCACAAUGCAGCACAUUUGACAAUUUUAGGAUCUUUGGAGCUUACACAGUAGCUUUCUGGUUUCACAAGGGAAUCAUACAAUUGCAACCAUUCUGAUACCAUCACAGGAUGACAGGCGUGUUACACACUCUUCAUAAUAUUGUUAACCUGCUGCAUUUCCCAGUGCUUUUGAGCAGGGAACAUUUUAAGAUACAUUUAAACCACAUCAAAACCUACGGCGGUAUCUCAACAGAAGACAAAUCUGUUGGCUACUCUAGGUUUUGCUCUUCAUUAGGAUGUUUCUUCUCAUUAUGUGAUGUCAAAACUAUCUAGGGCUUUAGGCAGGUGCUUGUUAGAAUGAGCCAAAAUAAAACUGGCAUCCAUGACAGCACAACCCACCAGGAAAUUCUCUUGUUCAGCCCCCUCUGAGGGGAGCAGUUGCUCUACAGUAGGAUCAUAGUUUCUGUCUGUGAGUCAGCAAAGAGGUUUUAUUAGUCCAUGGCAUACAAGGAAAAUAGUUUUUUAAACUGUGGCAAUAACUGUAGCACUCUUGGUAAGAUUUUUUUUUAAGUGGAGAGGAAUUAUAUGGAUGUGUGAAGAAAUUAUGUACCAAUUACAUUGUGAUGUGCAAUUACAUUUGACAAAGCAGCACCCAUUUCAGGACACAGCCAUCUUACUAUAUCAAAGUUGGUUUGUCAUGUGGCCUAGAACAGCCUUUGCCAACCUGGUGCCUUCCAGAUGUUACGGAGCACAACUCCCAUCAGUCUCAGCCAGCACAAUUGCAGCUGCCUCCAUGUCACCACUACAGUGCUGUUUUUAAGUGAACUUUCAACAUGGUGGUACAAUUCUACACUGGGUUAACUAGGACAGCAAAAAGGUGACUGUAGGAAGAUCAAAUCCUGUGAAUCUUUGCUUGUGGACAUUUUUUAAUGAAGACUGGCUUUGGUAUAAGUAAGACAUAGAAGAAUGUAGAAUUUUACUAACAUGUUUUUGCAGUGUUUUUGUCCCAUGGUAAACAAUAUGUUGUGCUGGUGGACAUAAAACUGAAACUAUUAAAUCGCUAUCAGAAUAAAAUCAGGAUUAAACAUUGAUGCCAAGUAUUUCUUUGGGUUUAUGAGAUUAGAUUUAGGCAUCAAUUCACCUGCCUAAGAACUUCUCAGGUAAUGAAAGUCACCAGAAUUUUAUGUUCAUAAUUUCUUCCUGAUUGUGCUGCUAUAUUAGAUGACAGUGAUGAGCCUUCUGGUGCCUUUUCCACUGUCUUCUUUGAAGGGGAUUUCUCUAGGACAACUUAAUGCCAUAGGAGUAUUUCAUUUGUACCUCUCUCCCAGUGUCUGUGGGAGAAAUUCAGUGUAGCUCUGUGGUAAUUGUUCCACCUGUACAAUCAUACCUUGGUGGACGGAUGCCUUGGCAAUAAAACAUUUUGGCUCCCAAACACCACAAACCCGAAAGUGAGUGUUCCAGUUUUGUGAACGUUCUUUUGGAAGCCAAACAGUCUGCGGGACUUCUGCAGCUUCCAGUUGGCUGCAGGAAGUUCCUGCACCUUGGAAGUCGAACGUUUUGAAGUCGAACAGACUUCCAGAAUGGAUUCUUUUUGGCUUCCAAGGUACGACUGUACAAGUAUCUCAGCUUGCCAAGCAGAGCAACUCCCUUUCUCCUCUCUGGGGGAAGAAGGGGGAAAGCCUCAUUGCAGUAGUAGAAGUCCAUUUAAGGGCUUCUGCUAGUGGGACAUGGUAGUUGAACCCAGACCUACAGUACGACCAGAUAAUUUAAAAGUGCAGCUUUAGAAAAGGACCAAGGCCCAGUGAUGGACCACAUCCUUUGUGGGCAGAAGGCCGUAGGUACAAUACCUAGCAUCUCCAGAUAGAGCUAGGAAAACAGUCUUGUCUGAAAACACCAGUAAAAGUUCCUGCCAGUUACUGUAGUAAAAUCUGAGCUUGAUGUACCAAUGGUCUGACUCCGUAUAAAAUAGUCUUCUAUUUUCUUAGAAUAAUAAAUAUAGCUUUUUGCACUCCCAGUGCAGCACUAAAAUGCACAGCUGAGAAUGUUUUUUAUCAGUGUGGGAAGCAAGUCAUGCACACUGGAGAGCCAACAUUGAUCUCUCCCACUGAUGUGGACUGGUUAGAGACUAGCACAGGCAGUAGAAUUUCCUGCUGUAUUCUGUGGGUGUUUUAAUCACUAAAUAAUUGCAUGCAAAUAUCCAAAUAAGAGCCAUCAGGACAUUGCUGGAGGACUCCUGUCAUCGAAAUGCUUAUCCGAUACCCCAAUCAACUAAAUUCAAGUAGCCUCAGAGGAAUCCAACCGCAUGAAGAUGAUAGCAAUCUCACUUAUACAACCUCCAAUUAUGAUUUUCUAUAUUUCAUCAGACUGGAUAUAUGGGGCCACUCAACCUGUUGAAAUCUAUUUUAUUAUCUUUUCCCAGAUGAUACUUCUAACCAUUUUUCAAGGCAUUCAUGCAUUUUCAGAAUAAAACAUUUUAGUUCUGAAAAAACAAUUAUAAUAAGGCUCUUUAGAGGGUCCAGCUUCCGGGUUAGCGCCAUCGCCGAAUGGCGGACUCCCUCCGAGCUCCGGAGGGAGUCUGCUCGGCAGGGGCUGGGUCCUACCGCGCCGGCGACGCGGGGACCCUUAAAAACCACGGGCACGGAGUCCGUGGACAUGGGUGACUCGGCUUGCACCAUUAGCGCCCUCCCGACUCGUGAAGGAGCCUUUUAAAGGCUUCGGAUCGGGUGCCGGGGGUGGCGUGGUGCUUUGAGUCCACUGCUUUCCCUGCCGAGCGCAGCCGCAUGCCAUUCGACGGAGAGCGCUGACUUCUUCUAUUGAAAAUUUGGACUUUUAACAACAACCCGUGAGUAAUUGGGAAAUCGGGUUCAAAAUUUUGGAUUUGGCACGAGCGGGGGUGAUUUAAAAAGGAAGUCAAUCCCCCCCCCUAUUGUAAGCAUUCCAAAACAAGGACUGGGUAACCAAGGUCCAAAGGGAAGUAUGUCUCUGAUAAAAAUCAUUAAUUUCACGAUGGGAAAUUAUAAGAAAUGUGCUGGAGGAGAAGAGUGGAGGGUGAGAAGAAAAUGCAACCCCCCCCCUGGGAACCGGGGCGAUUCGUGGAGCCUGGUGAAGAGAGACGGAGACUUUGACAGCUGUCAAAGUGGCUGUCAAAGCUGGAGAAUAUAAAGAGGACUUUAUGAGGACCUUGCUGGUAAAUUUUGCUACAAUUUGCUAUAAUAUGGAUAUAAACUGUUGGAAAAUAAGUAACAAUUUGACUUUUGGAUUAGAGGAUACAAAGUUAUUACAAUCCCCCCUAGAGGGGUUUCAGGAUACUACAAGAACGGUCGUAAGUGGAAAAAUACCCUGGGAUUCGCACAGGAUUUGUUAUCUUCUGGGAAAGCUGCAAAACUGAAAGAGUAUUUUGUCUACAGAGGAAGACAAUGGAAUUUUUUAUUGAAGAAAGAAAGGGACUGGACGUAAGUUUUGUUCCUGAAUAACAAACCUCUGCAGAGACACUAGAUUUCUGAAUCAGAAAGUUUUAGCAGCUGAACAGGACAAGAAACCUGAGAAAGUGAGGAAUAAGAAGAAUAAAGGACUGAUUACGACACGGAAAGAACAACGGGAGGAGUGGUAAAGAUCAAGGAAAUUAAAGGCCUUUGUUAGAUUGGACAUUUGAAGUCAAAUAUUAUUUAAAUUAAUAAACUAAAAGAAAACCGGCAAGAUGGAAUCGGGAGAAAUCUGGUCAUGAAAUGAGACUUCCAAGCUGAUAAUGUAUAGACUGAUGGACAUGGGGAAUUCAAACCGGGAAGGGGGGAGAUUUGAAAUCCAAAGGCUGUGUAACCAUUUUUUGAACUUUUCUAUAUCUUUUAUUUUCUAUUUCUUUACAUAACUUACGCAUGUUAUUUUACUUUGAUCGGACGUGUUUAAAAAAAAGGGAAUUUGUGGAAGGAACUGGGGUGGAUCUUGGGGAAAAUCUUUUUCUUUUUCUGUUAAUGAUGUGGGACGGUGGUAAGAUUUGUACAAUUCAAAUUGGAUAGUGGGUUAAACAAAUUAAGCUUUAAAUUUGGGAGUGAGAGCUUGUAGAACCAAAUUAAGGAAAGGGGAAUACAACCGGGGGAGGGGGAGUUCCAGAAAGUAGGGAAUGAAAGUAAGGUUUUUAAAUAUCUUCUUUCUUUUAUCUUUUUUCUUUGUACUUUUAUAUUUUUGGAAACUUCAAUAAAUAUGAUUUAAAAAAAAAUAAAAAAAAUAAAAAAAAAUAAAAUAAGGCUCUUUAGAGGUACUCCUCAUUCAGCUAACGCUAGACAAUAUAUUCAAGACCAUUCUCUUUUACAGAGUGAGAAAAGGCUGUUAACGGUGUACUCAGUUUUGUGUCCGUAUACAACUUUGGUGUCUUGUUCUUGUUCAGAUAUGAUGUUUUUUUUCCUGAUCCUCUUAAAGAUGUGUACAGCAAAGGUGAAACUUUCCCCAUUCAAUAUCUGACCUCAAGGCUUUUCCCACUAUGAGAGCAACAAACCUCUGAGACUUUGAUGAUCCAACUAGCAGGUUUUAAUCCGUGUUCAACUUGUAAAAAGAGAUCUUCCAAAUCCUGGCAGCUGUGGUUAUGGAAGCAUUCUGAACUUGGUCAUUAUCCUUUUCAGUUUCAGAGAAAAAUAGUUCCAAUUGCUACAGCUAUGGGGCACCAUAUUUCAAUGAGUUGGAUAAAACAUGGUUAGCCUUUUCCUUCAGAAACCUGGGUUUGGAUAAAUAGUGAGUUGGGGUAGGGGGUAGUUGGGAAUCUGGAAACAUAAAACUGUAAAGCAAAACCAUAGCCAGUUGUCCUUACUGUGUGGGGUGACCAUAUUUCCAGGCGUGGCUUCAAACAAAUGAAUGGAUUUGUUCAAAACCAAUAUACAUUUCUAUACUCUCUCUGACCAAGCUCAAAACGACUAUGUGUAUGUCAUUGUCUGCUAGUUGUUAUAGAUAGAUAACUAGAAUAAGAAUUGCUUUGCCCUGAAGUGUUCACAGUCGUGGGAACUAAAGGGUUAUUUCGCUUUAUUUUUCAGCCAUAUCACUCAGUCAUAAAGCUGAAAGCAACCUUGAAAAAUCCACCUGAGUGAAUCUUGUGUAGGCUGAGAACAGGGUGAGUCAGAUGGGUCGAGCCCUACUACUUUGGGGAAAAACAGCUGCCAUUGAACAGGAAUUGCCUUAUUCUAAAAAGCAGCUCAUUAAAGAGAAAUUUCCACAUAUUCAAAAGCCUGCUUCCUGAAAAACUAUUAGGUGGGACAGAGCACUGGUUCUACAUAGGGUGUUGCACCCACUGGCCUCACCUUGCCUACAGGUCUGCUAUACCAAACAGGUUCAUGGCAUUACAAUUUGUAACACAGCAACUAAGGCUGCCAUCCUAACUCCUGGCCAGGAUCAGGAAGGCUGUAUGGAUCAGUAGUACUGCUGCUGCCUCCAAAGCUCUGCCAUCUGGGUCUUCCAGGACAGAAGGGGAGGACUAAAGCUAUUGAUUGAGCAGAGAGGCUCAAAUAUCACUCUUUGUUGGGAGCUUAGGUUCCAGUGGCCUGGGUCCACCCCAAAACACCUCCUUUCCGGGAUGUUCUGCAGGCUACCGCCCAUGCUUUUUGUGGAGACGCUUAUGCAAUGGCAGCUCCCAGUGGCACAGCCUAGCAGAGCUGAGUGGACUUAAACUUCUGCUGUAUCCUACCUAUCACCUGCAUGGCAAAUUGGGAAUGAGGACCGCUCUGCUUCUUGUUCCACACUUACACAGCUUAAGACGUUCACAUGAGCCCUAAAGACAACAUCAACAUGCACUUCAUCACCCCUCAUGUGUUGGGGACUGAACAUCUGCAGCAGAGAGCCUCUUCAGCUUGGCUGGCUUCCCAUUUCACAAGGGGAUCCUAGACAAGCUGAACAAGCCACAGUCAUCACCAGGGGCGAGGGAAAGAAUGCCUGCACUUUGCCAUUAAUGCAAUGUUUUGGUAUUCUGCUGCAUUUCCACAGGGCUGACCUCUGACACUGGAAACAGAUCUUUGGCAAGUGCACUAAUUCAGUAUGUUGAUCUGGUGGUCAUACUUCUCCUCUUUGUGGUAUAAGCUCUCACCUCUUCUGAAAAUGUUUCAGGCAAUUCCUCAAGAACAUCCUGAGAGAUGGGGGGGGGCACUUCUUUUAAAAUACAGCAUUGUCCUGGGUGGCAAGAUUGCCAGGGCCACCAAUUGUAGUCUGGGUAGAGGUAUAAAAGAGCAAUUUAUUGUAUCAAAAUUAUGCAGUUCCAUUCCAGGAAUUUCACUCCCCCUCCAACAUUUGUCUGUGGUCCAAAAAACAAAACAAAAAACCACCAACCCCAAGACUGAAAUGAACAAACCCCAGGACUGAAACAGUAACUUCAAGGCAGCUUUUUUUAUUUUUCUUUCCCACCUUUCAACCAGCAUUGCUGUCUGUGUCACCGUGAUGCCUCCUGAGCCGCUCUUCCUCCCUUUGGCUCCAGCCGUUCUUUUGUCCACCAUCUGAAAAUGGCUCCCUUUAGUUUCCAGCUGUACUCAUUCCGAAUGCUUUUUGUAAAAUGUACCAAUCUGGCCUUUAGCCAGCGGGAUAGCAUUUACCUCUGUCCCUAACCUAAGCUAGGAAAGUUUUUAACAAUGGGGAAAGAGCUGUUUCUUCUCAAGCAAGCCGACAGAACAUCAUCUUACAACAUAUUUUUAUUAUUUUUAUUUUUAGAGAAAGGAAGUAUUUUCUUUCAAGGCUACCUGUCCAAUUACAAGACUCGCUGAAAACUGAACGAACUGGGAGAACAGGAAAGACAUAAGGGUAUCCUCAGCUUUUGUGGGGGGUGUUUUUGCAAAAUGCACAAUUCUUGAGUUUUCCAGCCUUUUAUUACCUGCUUGAUUUCCUUUCAUUAAAUAUACAUAUAAUCUGCUGAAAGAUAAAAGGCAGCUUUAUUUUGCAUCUUCUGCAGCAGCCUCUUUCAGCCCUUUUAUGUUUUGGUUUUGUUCUGGGAACAGAGCAUAAUGGCAGCUGCUCAUACUUCAAUAAAAGACACUCCAUGCAGCACUCACUUGUAAACAUGUUAGCGCUCCCUACGUGGGCAUAAGGGGCUGUUCAGAGUUCUCACACACCUGCAGAAGGCUGCUGCAUCCGACUACAAAGAUCUGCAGGCCCAGAAGAGGACUGCCUCUUGCAAAUGGCACAGAUACAGUACUUGCUUCUGAACAUCAAAAGCUCAAAGCCCCACUCAAACAAAACACUAUGGACUGGGAAACUGUAUUCCACUCGGGGGUGAUCUACAUCAUAAAAAUCAGAUGAAAACAGGUGCGGCAGGGACUGGGAAAUCAAAAUAUGUGUGGCUGUUUUAUUUUAUUUUAUUUAUUUAUUUUAUUGCCAUAUUUAAGCUCUACUCAAUAACAAUGGUCUCUGGGCAACUUACAGUAUUAAUAAAAUGCUAAAAGUUUCACCCAUUGCUAGUGCCACUGGGAACAGACCCACUGGAUUAAUGAAUAUGACUAACUUAGGUCCAUUAAUUUCUAUAUGUCUACUCUGAGUAGAUGUCUGAGCAACCAACCAAUAAAACAGGAGAUUUAAACAGUAAAUACCCAGCUAGAUGGGCGGGGUAUAAAUAAUAAAUUGUUGUUGUUAUAGAUUAAAAGUUUUAAGGUGUUUUUAAAAGACGUAAGAAAAUAAAAGCACCUUUCCCUGGCAUCGAAAAAGACCACAAUGUAGGCACCGGCAGCAUUCCACAACCAGGGUGCCACCACUGAAAAGGCCCAGCCACCUGCCACACCUCAUUUGAUGGGGGGACCCAGCCUCAGAAUUGUCCAAGUCUAAGUAGGCACAUAGAGGAGAAGGCUAUCUUUCAGGUACUAUGUUCCUGGACUGUUAAAGGUUGAAACCAGCAUUUUGAAUUGGGCACAGAAAUGGAGUGGAAGCUAGCACAGAGAAUGAAGCAGUGGCAUAAUAUUUUCAAAUUCUUCAGUACUGGGACUCAGCUACUUAAUUUAAUUAAUGACCACGUGUUGUGUUUUUAAAAAGUAAACGCCAAUGGCAGCCUUUUUGCUAACGCUAAUUACCCUGUAAGGCGGGUGGGGAGUUAGCACUGGAGAUUGCAGCUGGGGAAAGAAGGUUUAAACCUACCCGCCCUGGGUACUGUCACACGCCAGGUAUUUUAUUUAAAAAACAUACAAUGUGGCUGCUAAUCACCUGUAGUUAGCCUCCAGUGAACAAUUUAACAACCCUUCCUGAAUCAACAGACGUUUCCUGACCAUUUUCAAAGGCAGUCCCAUGCACAACGUAUUAUUCCCAGAGCAUGGCUAGCUGCUGCCUGGGCGUCUCUGACCAGGUAGGGUUGCAAUUGGUGUGUCAGACUAAGCUGAUAAAAGGCACUCAAAGCCACAAAGGCCACCUGAGCUUCUGUUGCCUUCACAGGAAAAUAUCUAUGCUUUUAAACGUAUUGUGUAGAUAUAUACAAUAAACGUAUUGUGUAGAUUUAUAUUGCUAAACUUAAAAGUGGGAAACAAAGACAACCAGAAAAGCAACAGCAAAUUUUCUCAGCUUCUCCUCCUUAAAAUAAUGUUUUCAACCCUAAACAAUUUCCUUAGUGCCCACAAGUGUCUGUUUUACUUAUCAGUUGUCCUGAAUAAUAAUCUGAGCUUUGCUUGCAUACUGCACUGGUCCAUCAGAGACUGAAGUUAGUUUAAAAGAAACUUGAGAGCACUGGAUAAGAUCUGUUUCAUCACAAGAUCAGUGGUCCUUGAAAGGAGAAGGCUGUUUGCUGUUUCUUAUGGGUGGCCUUCAUAAAAACUCUUGGCACGUAGAAACCUAGCACAUUGGGCUUUUCUCCCUGAUGUGUCAAUUUUCUGCAUACAGGUGAAAGGGUUUUAUUUGAUGUUCAAUUUAUUCAUAGUGAAUCUCAGGCACAGUCUAGAAAUUGAGACCUCUCCCUAGAGAUGAUCAAAGGGGUUUAUUGCAUUAAAGGAUAAAAUGCUAUAUCACUUGUCAGUACAUUCUCAUGAUGUGCAACAGCUUUCAGCAUAAGAAAGACUAAAGAACUUUGGCCUUGCUGUGACUUUAAUAGGGGGAGUGGGGAAGGGAUAGCUAGGCUUAUGGAGUUGAGCUUGGAAAAUGUUCACAGAAACUUCACGGAAGGAAGAGGAGGGUAUGGCAUAAUUCAGCCCCAGGAUAGCAUUGUAUAAGCAGCCAACCACAUGACAGAAAUCUGAGGAAAGAUUGGGAAGGAAACGGAAAUGCAUCAACAAAUUUCCCAUCAUGGUGAGAGAGGAGGGUGACAGAACUAUCUCAGAACUUUGUUGGAAAGGUCUUGUAAUGUCCCAGACAAGGCCUUAUGCUUCUCCUUCUGGGAGAAAACAAGGAAUUCCAUUCAUGCUCAGGGCAUUUAUAUAUUUUCACUGCCCAUUGUGAAGUUUUAGGAUAAUUUAAAAUUUAGCGUUCUAGGAUCCUUUAAAUUUCUUUCCAGUUCUAAUGAUAAAUAUCCAGUUGGGGACACUAUUAUGCCCUUACAGCAGCAUAGCUAUACAUUUAUAUGUAGCAAGGGAGGGGGAGAGUAAUGUGAACACAGCAAUGUGAUUUUCCUUCUCUAUUCAUUGUAUUAGGCUGUCUCUUACUUUCUCAUUUAAACAAACGAACAAACAAACAAAAAACUCAAACCAUUUAGAACAACAAACGGCCACUUUCCAAACUGUAUAGCAGGCACAUUUUGAGAGUGUCCACAUUGAAGGCAUACCUGCCAAGAGAAGUAUGGAGAUCCUUUCCAGGGCUCAGCUAAACUGUAUGCAGCUAAAUGUUGAACAAUAUUUGCCUUUCUCAUUGAGCUACGCGUGAUUUAUUUUAGCUGCACUGAGAAGAAAACAACAAAGCUGAUAACGGGUCUGGAAUUCGUUACAUCAAAGAAUAGCCUCAGAGAACUGGGUAUGUGCAACAUGAUAGCAGAUAGGGCAAAUAAUACAAGCAUUCAAAUAUCUAAAAAGCUGAGAUUUUACCAGAACUGCUGAGGGCUACUUCUCACAUUACAUAUGGAUGGUGUGGACAUGCCUUCACAAGUUAUUUCUGUGUUUACAAUGUCCAGUAGGGAUAGUUGAUUAAGAUUACUGUCUCCAGGGAGCAGCAGUAGGGAAUAGUACUACUAAGGAGCCUGCCUUUCUUCAAACAUGGCAGUUUAAGACACUGGGCUGUUUUGCUAGAGUGUUUUUGUGUCAUCAGACACAAUGUAGGAAACAUCCCAGAGGCAACAGCAAAAAGUACAGUGCUCAUACGGGAAACAAACAGAUUUAAGAUUCGUAUUUUUAAAACUAUUUUUAAGAAUUAUUUUGAGGCAACAAUGCUAGUUGCCUAAAGAAGUUAUAAAUCUCCUUUAUAGGAAGUUUUGCUGUUUUGUUUUUAGAAAUCUGGAAAAAGACCUGAGAAGAAUAAUAGUUCACGUCUACAGAAUCUUGUCUAUGUGAGGAGAUGGAAUAGCUAAUUUUUGUACUUGUCCGACUCUAUGGGAUGGCUCCAGUUCCAUCUUUCUGUGAAUGGAAUCCAACAGGUGCCUCUCUGUAACGGGAGAGGAAGAGAGACCAUUUUUGGCAAAUCUUGCUUCUCUCUGCUGGCGGGGGGAAUGCACUCCCUGAAAUCUGCUCUAGAAAGGACUGGCGGAAAUCCAGAACAGCAUGUCCAAUGCAGCAGAGGCCUAUAGCAGGAAGUGAGGUUGACAACAACCCCCAGCUCUCCUUUUCCACUAGUAAAUUCAUCCUCUUGGCCAAAAUCUCUUCAGUAAAGAGACGGCCACAAUUAUAUUAAAAUCCAUGAUUCUAUUGUUCUUGAAGAUAAAAAAACCAGAGAUUUUCCCUUUUGUUAUACUGUAGUUGGCCAAAUAAUAUUUAAUGUGAAGAAUAAAUGUUUUGAAGUACUCCUUUUUCAGGUGGGUUAUGUCUGAUAGUUGAAGUUAUCUCUAUAAAACUCAACCCUUCUCUUCCAGUUGUGAGCUGGAUAAAACAUUGAACUAUAAGAUGCACGAGAGGCAGGAAAAUAAAAGCGUUGAUGAGGAGGGAAAUACAGUCAGAACACAAUUAUAGGAAAAGGAGGGAAAGGUGAAGAAUAAGUGGCUGCUAAAGAAGGGGCAAAAGGAAAGCAAAAGCCCUUAGGGCAACUAGAAAUCCAAUUAUGUAGAAGUAGAAAGCGGAGAGGUAUAUUUCUCAGGCAAUAGCUUGGUUCUGUAGCCUUGUGUAUGGCCUUACAGUGACCUAGUUGUAAUUAUAGGUCUCCUUAGGGAGAUAAAUUGCUGUUUGAUCAUCAGACACUUGUGCUAGCAUGAGUGCCAUUCACAUGAGGGGAGUUUGCACUGGUGCAGCAUUACAAAGACAGGGAGGAUUGAAAGCAUAAUAAGCAAAGGGUCGAGCAUAGGAUAGACAAUACGUAAGUAAUAACAGCAGAUUAUGUGCAUUGCAGUGCAAAUUCUUUCUGCCUAAAACAAGCAAAACACACAUGGGAGAGAUAUGAAAUGCUGCCUGUGGACAAGUACAAGAAAAAGCAAAGAGGUUUAUUAUUAUUAUUUUUUUUAAUGAUCUUUUACAACCAAUCCCGGUUGUAAAACCAGGAGCUGCAGCUGACAUGAGGUCGACCUACCUGGAAGGAAAGCUCAGUGUUAGAGCAUCUGCUUUGCAUGCAAAUGGUCCCAGGUUCAAUCCUGAAGCCUCCAGGAAGAGCUGUGAAAUGCAGCAGUGUAGACAACAUUUAGCUAGAUGGACCAAUGGUCUGACUCAGUAGAGUAGCUUCCGUAUAUUGUGACACCAGCCACGUUGACCAGCUUUGCUUAUUUUGGUUGCUGGCUUGCACUGAAGCUAGAAAAGCAAAUAAGGUUUCUCAGCUGGCAUAGUGCCCAUAAAAGUUUUUCCCCAUCUGAUAACAUUGUGAUAUUAGGUGAUUGGUAGGUGGGAGGUCUCACCCAUCUACCAUGGUUUAAAGACCCAAAUAAUCAAGACUGACGUCACUUGAGAGGUGACCACUGUUAUGUAUUGAAGUUCUCACCCUGGCCACCAGGAGUAUCGUGUAGAUAGUUUUCACUCAGGUCCACAUCAGUUAUUUUAGGCGGGAAACCCUGGGUUGUUGUUGCUGCAAUGUUGACAGCCGGCUGCCUAUAAAAGCAGGCCGGCUGAGGUGUUUGCUGUUCAGUUCUGUUCCAGCUUACAAAUAAAGAGCUGCUUUGGAGAAAUUGCUGUGUCAUCUGCUAUGUCUACCCACUAUUCAACACUGGCGACGAGGAUGGGAUCAAUGGACAUCAGAGCACAGCCAGACGCAGCCACCCUCUGAGAUGAGCUGAAUCACGGAGCUGAAACACUGAGCGAAAUCACGGAGUAGAACCAAUGCAGAGCUGACUGUUCUGGCUAGAGCACAGUGUUUCAUCCAUCGCCUCCACAUCCGCAUCGGAACCAUGGCUUCACUCGUGCCUCUACCGCCGUUUGCCCCAGCCUCUGAAUCAUGGGACUCCUACCGCGCUCAGUUUGACUGCUACCUCCAAGCAAAUGAGCUGACAAGAGGGUCUGAAGAGCAGAAGCGGGGCCUCCCCUCAGCCUUUGUGGCCCCGAUGUUCGGACGGCCCAAGCAUUGGUUGCACCUCUAGCAGUCCAGGCAGAGCCGUGGGACACAAUUCAAGAGAAGCUCCGCAACUACUACGCGCAAAAGCCGUCCAAGAUUGCUGCCCACCAUGCGUUCUACCACCGGAACCAGGCAGAGGGGGAGUCAAACAACAACUACACCACCGCCCUCCGACAGGCUGCAAUGCACUGCGAGUUCCGAGACUUAGAUGAUGCCCUGAUGGAUCAAAUCGUCUGCGGGGUCCAGGACAUCCGUCUGCAACGGCAUCUCCUCGCCAAGCCAGACCUCACGCUGCAGAAAGCCAUUGAGGAGGCCGCGGCCUCAGAAGCUGUUGAACUCUCCGCCCAGGAAACCCACAAGGCCAGUAGACCGUAUUUAAAGGACUAUGUUGUUGGACAUGUAACACCAUUGGUCUAA